AUGGCUCCCCGAUCCCAGCUCCAGAUUACCACCUCCUCCAUCAUCCGUUUGGUGAAGGAGGAGGCCUCCUACCACAAGGAGCUCGAACAUCAAGUGGAGCGCGUGAAGCGAGUUGAAGCCGAGACUGCCGGCGAUGACGAGAACCGCGAGUAUCUGCUGAAGCAAGAGAACCUGUCUCUCGAGGAGACCAAGAAGGUCUUCCCCACCUUGAGAGAGCAGAUCAAGCAGACCGUGGCGAAGCUCGAUGCCUUGAUUAUCGAGGAGGGCAAGAAGGGAUCCGACAGCAGCGUCGAGGACAUCACUGCUGCCAAAGAAGCCAUUGCUUCAGCUAAGAUUGCGCAGCGCGAGAUCUCAUAA